GGCCAUGGAGGGCUCGAGUCAAAGCAAUCCACGUACGUACUCACGCCCUCGCGAACGCAUCAUUCUACCCACCAGGCCGAUAAUCGACAUCAUCGGCAGCGUUGAUCUCCGGCGAUGACGCACGGCCAUCACCACCACCACCACCAUCACGGCGGCGGCCAUCACCACCAUGGCCACCAUCACCACCACCACCACGGGCACCAUCAUCACCAUAACGACAGCCAGCAGGCGCCGGCGCUACCGGGGUUCCCCGUCCCGUACUCUUACCUUCCCACGACGGUCGGGGCACCGCUCCUCCAAAGCAGGCCCAAGCCGGACUGCUCCGACUCUGACUCCGAGGGCGGACUCUACAACUGCACGCUUGUGGCCUGCUUGAUCCUGGCCGUGGUGUGCAUCCUCGUCUACAUGUUCGGCUGAUCCAUCGAUUAUUGUUCCAAGGAGCGUGCGCCUGCACAUUACUACUGUUUCUGAUGGCAUCGAUGGCACACAGAUAGGUAGCUUAGUAGUUGACGAGGACUUGGGACACGUCCCAUCGGGAAUAUUAGAACUUGCUCCAGUGAAGUAUAAACGUGGACACGUGGUAGCCAUGGGAGUACUGAUCAGCUCGUGUGCAUGGUGACUUGAUUGUUGUUAUAGUUUCGAUAUAUGCCGCAACGUGUUCUUCAAACCAUUUUACUUGUCUUUCUCGGUGGUCGAUAUGCUUUCAAACAAACAAAAAGAAAACUCAUGUCUGAUUAUUUA